AUGACGAAAAUAACAGAUGCAGCAACGAGACAGGCAGUUCAAAGUGCCUAUGACGCCGUUAGAGCAACUGUUGUGAAAAGUCAAGAAAAAGAGUUACAACAGACCAAAACAGACCUAGUAAAUGCUUUCUUAAAAACGAAAAGUCAGGUAGGACAUUACGCUGCAGAUGGAACAUAUGUGCCAGCUGGUGGAACUUAUAUACCACCAAACCCUCCAAGAGAAGCACCUGCACCAGGACUACCUAGAACAUUUACAUCGUCACAUGGACACAGACACAGGCAUGCACAACAACCACCUCCACAACCAGCACAACAACCAACACAACAACCAGCACAGCAACCAACAGUUCAAAACCCUGCACAACAACAACCACAAACAGAGCAAGGACAUAAAAGAAGUAGAGAACAAGGAAACCAAGAAUUCUUAAAAAUGCUUAAAGAAGAGUGUGGUUUCCCAGAUACUGUUGACUUUAGUGACAGAUAUAAAGAAGCUAUUGGAAAGUUCAAGGAUGGAAAUACUGACCCGAACCUAUUUAGCUUUAUGGCUCAGCACCAAAACGGAUAUAAUCUCAAACCUGGAAAAUACAAGCUCGCUAAGGGAUAUGAUUUAAUAGCAUAUCAUCCAAAUGACAUGGAUGAAUUUACUCCGAGAUAUUUGAUGUCAGAGCUAAAUGACAAUUCAACUUUCGUCAUGAAACGCGUAAAAAAUAGAGACGGAACGAAAGAACAAAAGCUUAUGAAUGCGGAUGACGUAGAUAGGGAAAUUGUUGAAAACGGUCUCGGAAUAUAUGAAAUGCCAGCAGAUGAGGUACAAGAAACUCCACAGGAAGAAGUUCAGAUACAACCAGACAUGGAAGAAAUAGUUCAGCAACAACAGCUAGAAGAGCCUGAAGGAAACGAACAA